CGACCCUGUUUGUUCCAGUUCUCUCCGUUGCCCAGGUUCCCCGGUGCUUAUUUAGGUCACGUGUCUACUUUGGCGUUCAAAACAGAUAUAUACCCAAGGUCGUCUGUACGGAUACUCAUCUCCGAGGCGAAUUACAUGGGACAUGGGAGUAUGAACACACGACUACGAUCAGCAACGAUGAAAGUAUCGAAUGGACCUUAUCGAUGCUAGGAAAGCACUCUUCACGGUUUCUAUAGAUAAAAACUGUUGUAUACCACCAAAGUCAAUGUCCGUGUAUCUGCAAGAAGGUAUGUCUUCUUCCCUGUACAUCAGCCACCAAUGCAAGCUUUCCCCCGCCCGGAUCCUCCGCGAAAAACAAGCUCCACAGCAAAGGCGGGUCGGCGCACAAGCCGCAGUCAGCUCCAAUGGCGCGCAUCUCCACAUUUGCAAUCAACCGACCCUGUCGACGACUGUCAUCACGCUGCAGGCAUGUAAAAGUCCUCCAAUCGGAAGACGGGCUGUUGCUGUGCCCGAUGCGUUUGCGCGACUUGCAUGCUGCGGCAGGGGAGAGCUUGGAGCUCGAGCUUCUGGAAGUUGGCUUCGGGCGCGACAGCGCUCCACGCGAUGUGGUAGGCAGUUCGAGCGCGUGACUCAUGUUUGAGAGCAGAGCGUACCACGAACGAAGCAGAGGAGAAUUGGCUCUUUACGGCAAUGCGCCCGCCUCCGCGUUGCGUCAUAGUU